AGGAAAUGAAAGGAGUGGGUGUGGUGAGAAGGAGGAGUAAGGGAGAGGAAAACACGCCGAGCGGCGGAUAUUAACAAAAAGCAUUCGCGCGGUGGAAAGUAUCCCGCAGGAAGGACAGAGACAUGUCUCUGUGCCGGAGAGUCUGCAAUGUGUGGAUCCCAGUCAGAAGGCAAGCUGGACUGGGCAGGAGGAGGGAGAUCACGAAAAGUAGACCAGGACAGCUUUUCAGUUUAAGACAGUGUGGAAUGACCUUUUACAGCACCGUAGUAUCUUCUGAUGAGGCAACUGUGGAAUACAAGCAUGGAUUUCCAGUAAUCUCCGUCACACUUCCCUCUAGAAAUGAGCGCUGCCAGUUUCUGGUGAAGCCGCUUUUGAUGAAUGUUGGUGACCUUCUAAAGGACUUGAAAAAUGAAGAUCAAGGCAUCAGUAGGGCGGCAAUCUUUUCAGAAGAUGGCACUAGAGUUUCAGCCACAACACCGAUGACCAUUUUAUUAACAAAGAACUUUGAACUGGUUAUUAAUGAAAGAAAGUAUUUUAUAAAGCCCCCAUCAAGAGACUUUGUAAGCAGCGAGCAUUCGAUAGAAAUGGAUGAUGUAAAGAACUUGGUUCAUAAGCUUUAUACAGCUCUACAUUCGGAAUCUCACCAACUUCACAAAGAGGGGGAGCUACUUAGUAAGCUGGAAAACUUAAAAGGAGAGCUAAAGAAUCUUGAACAGGUAAAGUCGCAGUUAGCUCUGAAGGCUGAAGCUAAAUCUAAUCGACUGAUGUGGGCAGGUUUGGCAUUUAUGUCAACUCAAGCUGGAGCACUGGCUUGGUUAACUUGGUGGGUCUACUCCUGGGAUAUAAUGGAGCCAGUUACUUACUUCAUCACAUAUGGAAGCUCUAUGGCCUUUUAUGCGUACUUCCUCCUCACACGCCAGGAUUGCGUUUAUCCUGAUAUAAAAGAUAGACAGUUCCUACACUACUUCCAUCGCGGUGCCAGAAGGAACAACUUUGACAUUCAGAAAUACAACAAAAUCAAGGAGGAGAUGGCUGAGGUGGAAAAAAACCUCCAGCGGCUGCGUGACCCUUUGCAACUGCAUCUUCCAAUUGAGCCACUAAACAACAAAAACUGAAACCAUAGCUGACAGGAACAAACUCUGGAGUCAUGCUUCAUUAUGACUUAACCAAUGCAACAUUUCAAUCUGAUCAGAACUGUUCUCCUAUGUGUUUCUGUUCUCUUUUAAAAUGGGACUUAUCUCUGUAUAAUACCCUUUUUUGCAGUUUUGUGGCAUUCUGAGAGUGAAGUGCCCAUGAAUCAAUCUGGUUUAAACUCUGCUGUUGAUACAACCCACCUUCCAAUGCUAGCUCUCCCGACCAUCUUGAUCCUUAUCCCAAUACUUCCGGUAAGAAGCUUACACGGGCAUUCAUAUAGUGAAUAUGAUUCAAUACAUAAUUUUUGAAACUUGCAACUAUAUCAGGUAGAUGGACAGAUAAUUUAGUUGCAGCAAACUAUUACAAAUUAGUAUUAAUAUUGUAAUCUUAAUUAUAAAAAAGUAUUUCUUCUAAUGGGAAGGCAAGAGUAUUGUAAAAUGGUUGAAAUACAUAUGCACAAACAUGACUAAUAGGUGAAAAGCUUGAGUUUUUUUUGUAGCAGGAAGAGCAAUUUUUAUUUUAGGUGAAGCAAUUACAGUAAAUGUACCUCCCUGAAUGCUUGCAAUGCAGUGAAACAUACUGACUUUGAGUCAAGUACCUUGUAUUACACUGGGAUAGUUACAAUGUGUGUUCUUUCUGAAGUGGAGAGUCCACAUUAAAGGGUUGUGAUCAGUUCAUUCUUGUUGAAAUCUUGGGAAACAGCAUAAGCACUUGAUGUUUUCAUUUCCUCUUCGCAUUCAGCUUUUGUACUUAUGGGAUUUGGACAAUGCAUCGGGAUUAGGCUGUUCACCUGUAUCAUUUUGCUGCGGGAAACAUUACUGAAUGUGAUUUGUCCUUCCCUCUAUUGUAAUCGGGCAUUACCUCUUUGUAAAGACUCUGUGAGUAGGUCUCAAAAUACAUCCUCCUGUCUGACUGUUUUGUUUUCAAUUUAAAAACAGCUGAACACGAUUGGUGAAAUAAAAAAUUAAUGAAGAGAGUUCACUCUUCGAGAUUUUUCUCUUGCUUUUCCCAUACAGUCAACUGUUUUUUUCAGAACUGGUACCAAAGAUGGCAUUUAAAGGCAGUAUUAUUUGUACGAACAUAACAAUACACAGUAUUUAAACUUGUACUGCCUCUAACUAUAAAGAUUUUUUUUCUAUGCCAAAGAUGCUACAGGUUUUGAAGUCCAGUAAAAAAUGUCUUUUUCCCCCAUUUGGAUCUGAAAGAAUUAGUUUCAAAAUCAACCUAUGAUUUUACUUAAUUCUCCCUCCAGAUUUAUCCAACAGCUUCAGACCUUAUGCUGCUUCUGUUCAUUGCUAAACUUCCAGAAAGGAACUACUUUAGCUUGCUGGGGUCCUUUUCAGCUUUGUUUUCCUGGUAGAUGAAAGUUAAUGGUAUUUAUCACUACUGUAUCUCAUUUGGCAUCCUCAAGCUAUGUGUGGGACUCUUGGGUGGGGAACUUUCAUGUGUCUGCUUAACUUAGCUUCCAAUUUGAAGAUGACUAUACUUUACUUUUAAUUGAUGUUGGUUGACUCAAAGAAAAAUAACCAAAGGAUAAAUUUUAAAGUGAAUAUAAAUAAGGCAAGAUCAGUCCACAUCAAAAUAUAAUGAGCUGCUGAUAUAUUAUUUUACUGCCUCAGGAAAGUGUUUAUCUGGCCAAGUAACCAGUCUGGAAUUCCAAAUGACUAACACCAAGGGCGUUGGUCUUGUGGUCAGUAGUGAUAGCAGAGUUAAAAGAUGAUUUUUUUUAAAACACCUCAGAACACAGUAGGCAUUACCACUAUAUAAUUAUGAUAUCUGUAGCUCAUAAUGCAGAGUUAUUAUUUGAUGUAAUAUUGAACAGCUUCACUAUUGGUUUGGAAGUGAAACUGAGUACACCAAAAUAAUGCACUAAUCCAUGUGGUUUUGUACAGUACAGAGACAGUAGGAUGGAAUGCCCUAAAAAAGUGACUGAUCUGUUUUACAGUUUUAAUUAAUGGUGGACUAUCACAGGACUGUAGUGUUUGCUAAUAUUUUAUGUUUAAGAGUCAAGCUAUUAUGCUUAGUUAUUGGAAAACUUUCAUUCUCUCCCAUUGUCAACAGAUGUUUAAUGUGUAUCGUGUAUUUCACUCCAGAGUGUACGGCAGGAAGCGUACUAAUUGUAACCAUAUCUCUCAAUGGAUGUCUCUUACUGUUAUUUGAAUUUUUGUAAUAUAAUUAUGAAAAAUGCACAAAGGCAAACUGAUGAAGUUUGCUUACAUACUUCAAAUGGUUUUAUUUUUCAAGUCUUCUAACCUUGUGGCUGGUGAGGGUAGGUGACAUUGUGUUGCAAUACUGAGUUUGUUAAGGUACUUUCUUUUGUUCCACAUUUGUUUGAAUAGAUAUGCUGCAAAUAAAAUAAACCAAAUGAUGGGUAUUUUAAUGGUAUCUUGUUUGGUUGUUUGCUUGCUUUGCAGACUUUGACUAAAGUUGCAUUUCUCCUCUUGCUCAUCCCUAUUAUCUUGUAUCU